UCACAAGCCACGAGAACAGAUCCACGGCGAGAUCGUCAUAACCGAGAAGACCAUACGGAAACAGACUAUGGCAACACUCAUGAGGAAGUGGAUGAUGAAGAUCUCUGUCCAGUGUGCCAUUUGCUACUCUACAAUCCUGUGAUAACGAGGUGUAAUCAUACGCUCUGUUCGACUUGUAUGGCACAUUGGGCAGAUGUAUCAAUGACCUCUCAAAUGACUAUUCUUCCUCCUUCGAACUCGCCAUCGAUGUUUUCGGGCGCGGACACAGAGGCUAGAUGCCCCAUGUGUCGCACACCGACUUCUGCAACACCAGACUCGGACAGAAUGACCCAGCUACAACGAAAGUAUCCAAUCACAUAUCCGGCACGAGCAGUUGAAGAAAUAUCUGAAGAUGACCCUAAUGCUGGCACGAUAGAGACGCUAACACUUUGCAUCGGAAAUACCCACAAACUCAUCUCGCCGGCACCGGAGUCACAAAACAUGCAUCAAUGGACCUUUUUCGUACGGCCUUCGCGGAAAGAUAUUAUUGCCUCUGUCGACAUUCAAUUGCAUCCCACAUUUCGACCCUCACAUCUUCGUCUAUCGCAACCACCAUAUGAGAUUACGCGCAAAGGCUGGGGUUAUUUCGUUAUCACUACGCAUGUGAUACUCAAGCAAGGCUGGAGCUGGGUAUCUGAGGAAGCAACAGAGGUGCCUUUUAGAGAUGAUUGCGCCAAGGCUCAAUUGCCCCUGGACUGGACGCUGGAUUUUUCUGCACAUGAGGGCAAAGGCAGUAUGGGAAGGUGCCGACUAAAAGUUAGGAAAGAGGGAGAGGCUGAGAAAAAGCAAAGAGAAGAAGACGACAGAGCUGAGGAUGGGAGAUGGGAUGUUCAGAUGGUGAAUGAUGACGACGAGGAUGAAGACGAGGAGACU